AUUUUUCUUGUCGAAGAAGCUCCGAGGAAAAUCUCAGUGGAAACCAGAGAAGAGAGAACCGAGGAAAGAAGUGGAGAUUCUCUGCCCAGGUGACAUUCUCGCUCUUCAUUUUACGUUGCAGAAAAUGUCUCGGAGAUACGAUAGCCGGACCACCAUAUUCUCACCGGAAGGUCGUCUCUACCAAGUAGAGUAUGCAAUGGAAGCCAUCGGAAAUGCGGGUUCCGCCAUUGGAAUCUUGACAAAAGACGGAGUUGUAUUGGUCGGUGAGAAGAAAGUCACCUCCAAACUUCUCCAAACCUCGACCUCCACAGAGAAGAUGUACAAGAUCGAUGACCAUGUCGCAUGUGCAGUGGCUGGAAUCAUGUCUGAUGCCAACAUUCUUAUCAACACGGCUCGAGUCCAGGCCCAGCGUUACACCUACAUGUACCAAGAGCCUAUGCCGGUUGAGCAGCUGGUUCAAUCUCUCUGCGACACCAAACAAGGGUACACCCAGUUCGGCGGUCUCCGCCCGUUUGGCGUUUCUUUCCUCUUUGCGGGUUGGGACAAGAACUACGGGUUCCAACUCUACAUGAGUGACCCGAGUGGAAACUACGGUGGAUGGAAGGCAGCAGCCAUCGGGGCAAACAACCAAGCCGCUCAGUCUAUUCUCAAACAAGACUACAAGGACGAGAUAACGAGGGAAGAGGGUGUCCAGCUCGCGUUGAAGGUCCUGAGCAAGACAAUGGACAGCACUAGUCUUACGUCUGAGAAGCUCGAACUGGCCGAGGUUUUUCUGACACCUUCGGGGAAUGUCAAGUACCAUGUCCACUCGCCUGAGUCACUUACUAAGUUGUUGGUUAAGCAUGGCGUGACUCAACCCGCUCCCGAGACAUCCUGAGGCGUAAACGUUGUCGUUUAGCUCUCCUGGUACGGUUUUCGACUUUUGUGUU